AUGGGCACAGCAGCAACGGCAGCGGGAGCAGCACGGACAGUGCACGGGCAGCGACGAGAGCUGCACAGAGGCAGCAGCAGCAGCAGCGACACCAGCAGCAGCAACAGUAGCAGCAGCAACAGCAGCAGCAGCAGCAGCAGCAGCAGGUUUAGACCCACUGCAAAACAGUCCUUCCUUCGACUCAUGAUGGGGGGCCCCCCAAGAGAGGGGGCCCCCACAGGGGCCCCCGGGUGCGCAAGGUGUAUGGGGCCUCCUGGGCCUUGUGCUGCUAGCGGCGCUGCUGCUGCUGCUGCUGCUGCUGCUGCUGCUGCACUGCGCACAAGGCGCAGGUGCAGCAGCACCUGCGCAGAAGUGCAGCAGCAGCGCUGCUUCGACCAAAUGGAUUCAAAGUACAUUUAA